AUGAUGGAUUAUUUAUUAUUUUAGGAUUUUAAUUGGAAAAAGUGUCCUAAGACUUAUAGUGGGUCAUUGGUAUACGUAUAAUCCGACAUCGUAUAAAAGAAUGAUGAAAAACCUAUUUCAGUCGGGGGUGGAAAUGGCUUUUCAUCGUUAAGCAAUAAGUUGUAAAUGACCUUAAAAACUUGCACAAUACUCUCCCACUGA